AUGAAGGCACACUUGUAUGCAAUGAAGCAGAACUUUGAGUUUGUGGUGAAGAAGUCAGUCGCGCUGGAUGCAAAUAACCAUCUAUAUCCAGUUGCAUUUGGUAUUGUGGAUAGUGAGAAUCAUGAUUCUUGGCAGUAUUUCAUGUCAAAGCUAAAGUAUAAUAUAAUGACAAACAAUUACGCUGAAAGUUUCAACAAUAAGACCCGGGACGCUAGGAGCUUUCCGAUAACUACAUUCAUCAAAUUUAUUCGCUUCACACUGCAGUCCUGGUUCUGUGAUAGGACAAAAACUAGCAAGAAGACAACUACAACUCUUGCACCGACCUAUGAGAAAAAAUUGGUGGAUAUGGCUGAGAAAGCUCGAUUCUUGAUCCCUUAUGUAAUAGGGAGGAAUGAGUUCCAUGUGUUAGAUGGUGAGCUGAAUGGUGAAGUCGACCUCCUAAAUAAGACAUGCACAUGUGGCAUGUUUCAAAUUAUUGGUAUCCCAUGUGCUCAUGCACUUUCUGGAUCUCUUAAGCGAGGGGUGAACUUUUAUUCGUUGUGUUCAGAUUACUAUAAAAUUGUGACAUGGAGGUCCUCUUACACAGAAUAUGUAUAUCCUACUGGUAACGAGGAAGAGUGGAUUGUUCCACAUGACAUUAUGACAAUAAAAGUGAGAACACCUGCGCAAAAAAACCCGGUUGGUCAUCCAAAGAAUAAACAAGGUAGGCCUAAGAAGAAACGCCAUCCUUCCAAUGGAGAUAAAUUGGUUAUAGAACACAAGUGCAGUACUUGUGGAGGUCUAGGCCAUAAUAGGGCAACUUGUAAAGUUCGUGUUUGA